GUCUGUGUGCAAAGAGAGGAACGUCUCCCGAUUCAGCCUCUCUGCUGGAGAGAGGGGUUAACAUCUCUGAAGUCUUCUCUCUCCAUUUACCUUCCAGAUUCCAGAUUUGAUCCACCUGUUUUUUUCUUCAGGAUACAGAAAUGUUGCAGCCUUCGGUGGAGUUUUGAAUUUGGAUUCAAAGUAUGGAAACUUCUCAGCUGGACAUAUCCUGAGCUUUUUAAAACUCUUAAAUCACUUUGCUAAACGACUGCCAAAUUCGUGUAGCUUUUUUCAGAUGCAACAUUGCUGCCCAAGACGUUGCAGUGGUGAAAACAAAACUAAACAUAUGUAUUAUUAUUCCAGAUGAGGAUUUAUGAGCUGCUGAGCGGUUCCAUCUGAUCACCAAGCCAGUUAUGUCAGUAAGGAUGCUUCAUUUUUAUGCCUCAUACUAUCUGUUUUUCACUGCUUUGUGGAGCCUCAGCUAUCCGCGUUUGCUCACCGCCUGGCCAGGUUUCGGUGGAAACAAGCCAAAGCAUCAGUUGGACCCUAAUGUGAGGGAUUGGGGAGACUAUUCAGAUCUUCCUCCAGGUAUCGAGCACGGAUUGGGUCUGGAGGAGGAAAGCGAACAUGGAGAAAACAGGGGAGUUGGAGAGACUUCAUCAAGCCUGGCUCCGGAGCUGGAUUUCCUGGCUGACUUUGCAGGUAAAAAGCGGUUGUGGGUGAUAACAGCUCCAUCACACAAUGAUCACUAUCUUCGUAUGAUGGAGAAACAGCUAGAAGACAUGGAACAGAAAGGGCUGAACUGCCGUCUAGCAGAAAGAGACACCUUCAUCAUAACCAUCAUCCAGAAUGCUAUGAUGGAAGGCAGAAUCCAGAAAACUACCUUUGAGGGGGAUGCCUCAGUAGAGAGCCUGGAUCCUGACACAGUCACCAAACUGCUGCACUACUUGGAGCUCACCAGCCAAGAACAAGCAUUCACCAUGCUGGUUAUUAAGAAGAACUUACGGGUCAGCGAGCACUUCCCUUAUCCGGUCCGUGUCGAGGCAGUUUUGGAGCUCAUUGAUCAGUUCCCCAUGAGGAAGCUGGAGAAGAUGACAAGAAAGGGAUCAAACUUAAGGUGUAAAAAGAAGGUUGUGGUGAAAAGAAAAAAGAUGAAGAAGAAGAUGGUGCUGAGUCCACAGAGACAAGGAAAUGUCACUUCUGUGGUACAAAGGAAGCCUCCUCUGGACAAAAAAGCUGCCCUGAAGAGUAAGAUCCAAGACAUACUGAGCGGUCGGUCGAGGUUUGUUAUCCGUAAGCAGCCUACAAAGGGAAAGGACUCGAGCAGUGGUGCUGGGGCAACUUCUAAUGUGCAAGAAAAAGAAAAUGUACCCCCGUCUGUUUCAAGGCACAAUGAGGACGUGAAGAAAGACAGGUCCCACACUAUUGUGGAAGAAGGAAAGAAAAGAGGGCAAAGCAAUGAAGAUAAAAUAGAGCCAAAUCUAAAGGAUGAUACACAGGAGAAACAGACGUCUAAGAAAAAGGGCAAAGGGAAGAAGGGAAAGAAAGGGAAAGGAAGAGGGAAAAAGUCCAACAGAGAGGCGAGUGAGAAGGAUAAGACAGCUCUGAAGGAGUUUGUGGACAGUUUAAAGGGGACGAGAAGGUUGAUGCUGAUCUCAACGCCAAGCAGAGACGCAACGCUCUACAUUCAGCAGACUGACGAGAACGAGAAGCAACGCUGUAAACUCGCUAUGAGGAAGAUCACUGUGGCAACCAUUGUGGGUGAAGGCAGUGACGCCACGCUCACGCUGCAGCACCACCAGCUCGAGUCUGAACCUCCACUCAGUGAUCUAUCAGAGCAGUUCUCAGAUCCAGGCCUGAUCUCUCUGCUGAGAUCAGAACUCGGCUUGUCGUCCUCCGACCUCUUUUCAAUGACUGUCACUGAUUAUGACAUCAAGCCCAACAGAGUCUUCGAGGCUCCUCCAUCAAGCCCAGCUUUGUUUGAGUACAUUGACAACUUUCCCUCAAGGCACUCAGAAAAGGAGAAAGAAAGGAAAAGUCCUCCGGUCUGUUCCAAAGACACGCAACAGCCCACAGCUGAGAAUUCACUGCUCAGGUUCAUGUCUAAAAGGAGACUGCUGCUCAUCUCUGCUCCCUCUGAGGACGACUACUCUUUCCAGCAGCAGAUCUCUGCUCUCAGCGGACAGGAGUGUCACCUGGGUAUUCGCCACUUUGCCAUGUUAAAGCUGACUGGAAAUGGUGAAAAAGCAUCAGGAACUGUUGAGCUAUUUCCUCUAAAUGGUCGUAGUCAGAGUGAGGUUGAGCCGUUAACCCGCGACAUGGUCAACAAUCUGAGAGAGCAGCUGAAAAUCAGUAAGGACUAUUUCAGCAUGCUGGUUGUGGGGAAGGACAGCGAUGUCAAGGCGUGGUUCCCUUCGCCCAUGUGGUCCCUGGAUAACAUCUACGACCUGGUGGACUCUAUGGAGCUUCGCCUCCAGGAGGAGAAGCUGCAGAAGAGACUGGGGAUCAGCUGCCCCGAGGACAGAGGAAGAGGAGGCAGCGACACAGGACACUAUGGAUAUGAUGACGACAGGGCGGAGGAGACAUACUUGUAUCACAGAUCAGAGGAAUAACGAGAAAAAAGUAGUGAAGAAGAGCUCUUGACAAAAAACGCAUCAACACAUGGAUUUGAUGUGAGCAAACCAAAAAGAAAUAUCUUCAAAAGCUCACUAUUAAGACUCACAAGAAUCAGUGUUUAAAGUCUACAUAGCUAACGAUGAUGUAUCUGUCCGAUACCACAAUAAAAAGCUGGAUCUUUUAUAGCUUUGUAUUGAAAAGUUGAGCGGAAAACAAUGGAAUGGUUGCAUUUAUAAAAAGUCAUAAUAAAAGCAUAUGUGCAUCCUUCA